AUGACUUUAAAUUUUCUUCAGAUUCUGUUAUGCUUUCCCUUAAUUUGUUUGACUUUUGCUUUUGAAAUCAAGCCUCAAAACCAAGAAAACGAUGCAGCCCAAGACACUCCUACUUUAUUCUCUGUAGAAGGAAAAUUAACUAUUCGACCAGAAUUGCAGCCUAAACCAAAUGUUUUUGGAGAUAUUUAUAUUUCUUUGGAUUAUGGAAGAUAUUUUGGAUUUGUCAGAACUGAUGGUUCUUUCAAAUUGAACGACAUCCCAACAGGCUCUUACAUUAUUGAAGCUAUUAGUGUGGACUACACUUUUGAACCAUUGAGGAUUGAUAUAACCAACAAGGGGAAGAUUAGAGCUAGAAAAUUGAAUCUUUUGCAGGUUUUUGUAAGGUAUAUUAGUUAGUUUUGUUUUUAAGCCAA